AGUAUUGACGCGAUAGUCGGGCGCGGUGCGUGUAUGUCUGCCGCCUACAGCCGUGUAUUACGUAAAGUGUCACCAUGCCGGACUCCGGGCCCUCGCUGUGCAGCGUCCUCGACCCCCAUGCUUGGUUCGACCCGCAGAGGCUGCACCCAGAAGGUGAGUGGUGGUGGAGUGGAGGGUGGGCGGCGAUCGAUGGCGCGCCUCGGUGCGGGCUACGCGCACGCACGCGCCAUCUCGCUCCCGCCGCCUGCAAACCUUGACAUCUUGUCGCUUCUUGUGCCACUAACCCAACUCGUUUCCUCACACUCUUCACUAACAACAUUUACUACGAUCACUCGUGAUAUUCGAUUGCCAUUCAACCGUAAUUUUAACGUAAAUAACUAGUAGCAUUUGCCAGAACAACGUAUUACUGGAAAUAGGCAUUCCAUCUUAGCCCUAGAGGGUGGCAUUUUGAUUACUGAUUGAAGAUACGUGUAGAUGUCUAUGAGCCACAUAAUUCACUUACUAUCAUGUGGACUGUGUGCUCGUUCGUCGUCCAUAUUCUAUAAAUAAAUUUAAAAAAAAACCAUCAAUUAUAUCCCCAGAAAUACGCGAACGGGAAUGAAGACAUCGAUUUGUAAUUUUCCGUUUACAAUUAUUGCAUUUCUUUGUCGCCGUAGCUACUGUUAAUGUACGAGUGAAUAUUUUGCUCCUCGGCGGCGGGUAGCGCAGGUCGGCUCUGCCAAGCUGGAUUUAGAUCUAUUGAAGCGGGCAGCCGCGACACGCGCCGCCUUUCAUCUCGCACGCACCACCGACUUGUCUACUGUAAGACGCACCUAUCACCCGUUGUCUGUCGUUGCCAAAACUGCGUUGCGUUGCACUUACAGGUAACCUAGAUGAUUAGACAUGCGUGUCACUUAAGUAUUCUAAAGUGACUAUUCUAAAUUUUCCAACUUUAGUAUUCUAUAUAUUGUUAAAUCAAUUAAAUGUGUCAAAGUUCAUUUUUAAACACUUAAAGACAGUUUCUACUGGAAACGAGGAAUUCCAUCUUAUUCCUGAGGGGUGACAACGCUACUGUAAUUUGAUUCUUAAUCGAGGUAUGUAGAUGUCUAUGGGCCACAGCAUCCACUUACCAUGAGGUGGACUGUGUGCUGGUUUGGCACUUUUAUUCUAUAAAAAAAACCUUUUGGAAAUCCUGCUUUUUAAUCCAAUUAUUACAUUAAUUCACAUGAUUCGUCCUUGCGAGUGCUUAGUAUCUGUACUCUCUAAUGUAAUUAGGCAUCAGCGCAGUCAACAGUUCAACAAAGCAGCUCGGAGCUCGGACCCGUCAUCACGGCUCACUAAUUGUAUAGAAGGCUGCAUUGUUUUCCUGCUUCGAAAGUAAUUCGAUAUACCUAGAUUGUUUUAAUUCUUAUAUAUAUCAGAAAUAAGGCACACAAUCGUGUAGCUGCAGACUGCGGUACUGUGACUUUUUACUUGACGCAACACUAACUUCAUUGUGUUCCUUUGACUUGUAACUUUAGAUUCGAGGACGUUACGGCUCAAGUUUCUCGAAAAAACGUGUCGACUGUCAAUAUCAUUAAAAAGUACUUAGAUAAUUAAAAUGAGUUGAAUGAAAAAUGGCAUUCGUUUAAAGUGUUAUCUAAAGAUGAGAAAAAGUAACAUGCUAAGAAGAUCCACGAUUUUGUAACCAAUGUUCCACAAAUACAUUUAUUGUUGAACAUAGGUUACAAAAUAUCUUAUUCCAUAUUACACUACAUAUUAGUAUUACUAUCCUAGUCCUAGUCCUGUCCUGAAUUUGACGUACAAUACAAUAUUUAAAAACAACUAUUUAGACAAUUAAUGUGUCGUUCAAAUAAUCAAUAAUGGAAAAUAAAACUAAAUUGUACUAUAACGUUAGGAUCGAGCUGACAACAGUUUUAUCUACUGGCACAGAAUAAAUAACAGAACAAGCGUACUCAUCGUAACCGGCUACUACAGAGUACAGACCAUGAACAUCUAUUACUUCAGUGGAGUCGCUGAUCUACUGGCGGAACGCGGUACGGUCGGGCGUGGCGCUGGGCGGAGGCCUGGCGCUGCUGGUGGCGCUGGCCUCGUGCUCGGUGGUGUCGGUGCUGGCGUACGCGGCGCUGCUGGCGCUCGCCGCCGCGCUCGCGCUGCGCAUCUACCGCAACGUGCUGCAGGCCGUGCAGAAGACCAGCGACGGACACCCCUUCAAAUGGUUGCUGGAGAAGGACAUCAGUGUGCCUGCGGAGCGCGCGCAGGAGCUGGCCGCCGCCGCCACGGCUCACCUCAACGCCACCACGCACGAGCUGCGCAGGCUGUUCCUGGUUGAAGACCUGGUGGACUCGCUGAAGUUCGGCGUGCUGCUGUGGUGCCUCACCUACGUCGGCGCCUGCUUCAACGGCAUCACUCUUAUCAUUCUAGGGUGGGUGGCGCUGUUCACGCUGCCGAAGGCGUACGAGAUGAACAAGACGCAGGUGGACGCCAACCUCGAGCUGGCGCGCGCCAAGAUCACCGAGAUCACCGCCAAAGUACGAGCGGCCUUCCCGCUGGGUAGGAAGACGGAGACUGAGAAGGACAAGUAGGGUGUGAGGGCUUGCAGCGGUCCGCAGCGAUUCGUAGCGAUUCGCAGCGAUCCGCAGCCGCACGCUGCGUGCUGCUGCGUAUCGCGACGUUUCGCGGCGCCAGAGUACUUUCACUGUUUGUUAUAUUUAUUAUGUACUAUUAAAGAUACUACCUUACGUGUAAAGCUUUAUGAGACGAGUCAUGCGGAGAUAAUUGUAUUUGCUUUUUGAAAUUUUAAAUUAAAAUACAGUCGAACCGAU